AUGAUAACUCUUACUGCUCCCAAGUCCAUAUUCUGCUGUUACCCUUGUGUUUAUUACAACAGCUAUCUUCCUUACUACUGUUACAGCGACUCAUCUAGUAUUAAUAACAUCGAGGAUAUUUUUAAAUGGAGAAAUGACAUGUUUACAACUAAAAUACGAAGAGAAUGGGACGACGAGGAGACCCCAUCGGAGCUCCCCGCGGAGUACCAGCGGCACCAGCGCGUGUGGCUAGGCGGCCUGACGGCGCGAUCGGCGAAGGUCGUGCAAGUGACGCAAUCGCGAACGGCGAAUAACCACAGAGAGCUGUCCGUCGUCCGCGGAGAAUACCUCGAAGUGCUUGACGACAGCAAGAACUGGUGGAAAGUGGUGAACGUUCUCGGGCAGGUUGCGCACGUUCCACAUACGAUAGUGAAGAUUUACACGCCCGACCGAGAUGGCGACGAAGGGGGUCAACAGCAUCCCGGUCCUCCUCCUCCGCCUGAUCCUUCGCUGUCUUCGGGCGAGGAAGGUCCUGUCAGCGGAGGAAACAGUCCCAACUCCAACGGCAGGAUGUCCAAAGAAGAUCCUAAAGGGGAUGGACAGAUCAACCCGGGGAUUCCAGGGCGAUUCUUAUGUCGGCAGGGACACUGUGCUGCCCAUGACAGAUAUCGUAGACACG